AUGAUCGGAUUUUCUUUAGCUACGUUCGUUUCGUGCCAAUAUUGGAUGAGCACCAUGUUUAACAGCAAGAUCAUUGGGCUGGUGAACGGGACGGCGGCUGGGUGGGGGAACAUGGGUGGUGGAGCCACGCAACUCCUGAUGCCGGUGUUGUUUGAGAUCAUCAAGAAGGCCGGGGCAACGCCGUUCACGGCUUGGAGGAUUGCGUUUUUCAUACCAGGGUGGCUUAACGUAAUCAUGGGGAUAUUUGUGUUGACUCUUGGUCAAGAUUUGCCUGAUGGUAAUCUGGGUGCUCUUCAGAAGAAGGGUGAUGUUGCCAAAGAUAAAUUCGGCAAGGUAUUGUGGUAUGCUGUGACAAACUAUCGAACAUGGAUCUUUGUACUUCUCUACGGUUAUUCCAUGGGUGUCGAGUUGACCAUUGACAAUGUGAUCGCAGAAUACUUCUAUGACAGAUUUGAUCUAAAGCUUCACCUUGCCGGAAUCAUUGCGGCCUGCUUCGGAAUGGCAAACCUCCUAGCUCGUCCAUUUGGUGGGUUCACAUCGGAUUACAUGGCCAAACGAUGGGGAAUGAGAGGUCGACUCUGGAACCUAUGGCUACUCCAAACAGCUGGCGGCGUUUGCUGUGUCUUCCUAGGCCUAGUAAACUCGCUACCAUUAGCCAUCACCUUUAUGAUGCUCUUCUCCAUCGGUGCACAGGCAGCAUGCGGAGCCACCUUCGGCAUCGUUCCCUUCAUUUCCCGGCGAUCAAUGGGUAUCAUCUCUGGUAUGACCGGUGCCGGAGGGAACUUUGGAUCAGGACUAACCCAAUUGAUAUUCUUUGCGUCUGCCUCAUUCUCGACUGCCAAAGGGUUGUCUUAUAUGGGUAUCAUGAUCAUACUUUGUACACUUCCUGUAAGUUUUGUUCACUUCCCACAAUGGGGAAGUAUGUUUCUUCCGGCCAGUCAAGACAUCGUCAAAGGUAGUGAAGAGAAUUAUUAUGUUGCUGAAUGGACGGAGGAGGAGAAACAGAAAGGGAUGCACCAAGCAAGUCUUAAGUUUGCCGAGAACAGUCGGUCCGAGCGUGGAGGGAAGGUGGCAUCGGCUCCAACACCACCCAACGCCACCCCCAAUUAUGUUUAAUUUCGAGUAAUUCUAAGGAUGCUCAUUUUUUGUUUUCUGAGCGACAGUUAAUGCAUUUAAUCUCAAAAUGCUUACCAUUUCACUGUAAUAAUUGUGGUGCCCUAUAUAUAUUUCUAGGUAUAUAUAUAUAUAUGUUAAUUAUCAUGUCAGUAACAUUAGAUUUUGUACAAUUUCGACCAAGUCAACGG